AUGGAGAAGGACUUGGGCCGUAGUUUCGAGGCGCAGCUUAGCAGGACAUUGCGUCGUCCAUCGGAUGCAUCUGGUGACAAGAAUAACCAUAAAACUGAGCACGUGAUGAUGGUUACUUUUGCCAACGAGUUUGAAGAUGAGGAGUUGAAAGUCGAUGAAGAAUCAUAUGCACACCUUGUUAUGCAUCUAUACCAGAAGGAGAAGACAUAUCACUCUGAGGAGGCGCUCCUUGGCUCCUCGAGUGAUCGCAACAAAGUACAGCGAAAAGAUUGUUUCGGGAUCAUAAAUACUAUCGAUGAUGCCCAUGAAGAGUCGUGCUCUAAUUUCAAGGACAUUGCUGAUAUGUUUCGACAAGAAGAUUUUUUCUCUGUUCCUGAAAGGCAACAGGCUAUAUUUGAUAUACUGAUCAAGAAACUUGGCUAUGACAUAAGUACACGACAUCUCCGUCGAUACUGUUAUAGCAGGCGCAUCCACUUAGAAGCUGAAGAGGAUAGUGGAUGGCCCUUUGAUAUUGCAGAGGCCAAAUAUGAAGAACUGAAAAUCAUCCUGCGUAUUGGCGAACUUGGAUCAAGCUCGACACGAGAGGAUUGGAAAGAAGUAGAAGAACAAUUUGGUAACAAAGCAUCUGACGUCAGGAGCAGGAAGGUCGAUUAUGAGCCCUCUUUGAUGACUAAGAAACCUAUUCAAGAACCCAAUUAA